AUGUCGUUAUGCGGACGCCAAAAAGUCGUCGAGCGCAAGAUGGUGCUGCUGGGCGACGGUGCCUGUGGCAAGACUUCUGCGCUGAAUGUCUUUACAAGAGGCUUUCCCCACACCAUGUUCGAGCGGGACCAAGAGCUAACGCUGGAUGAACAACCAGGUUCUUUCCCACAGUCUAAAGUCGGCAUACUAACCUUCAUCUCGGGAUUUGCAGUGAGCCCACAGUCUUUGAAAAUUAUGUCCAUGGUGAGGCGAUCUGCCGAUAGCGAAUCCGAAUUGACUUUCGUCCCAUGCUCACCCGCUGCAGACAUUUUCGUUGACAAUGUACACAUGGAACUCUCCCUGUGGGACACGGCCGGGCAAGAGGAAUUCGAUCGGUUGCGGGCCCUCUCGUACGAAGAUACACACGUUCUGAUGCUGUGCUUCAGUGUUGACAGCCCUGAUUCUUUCGAGAAUGUUGGGUCAAAAUGGAUCGCCGAAAUCAACGAGAACUGCCCUGGCGUGAAACUCGUCUUAACCGCACUCAAAUGCGACUUGAGGAAAGACGAAGACAUGAAUGACAAUCCCAACGCAAUCACCUUCGAGCAGGGUCUCGCCAAGGCAAAGGAGAUUGGCGCCGUGAAGUAUCUUGAAUGUUCGGCGGUGCAAAAUCGGGGUAUCCGAGAAAGCUUCUACGAGGCUGCCAAAGUGGCUCUAGAAGUGAAGCCCGUGGGUGGGAAGAACUCCAACUCAUCGUGUGUGAUUUUAUAA